GGACGGAGAAACUUGGAAGGAUGGAUCUUAACGAAUAUUAGAAGAAAAGCUGCGAAGACAUGUCUCCCAGAUCGAAGGAAAAAAUGCUUGCCUGCGCAUCAAUCAACACCGUGGACCGGGAGGUUCCCGGGGAACAAGCGGAGGGCCCGCGUGGCCUACUAAGAUGACCGCUCGUCUUCAUUCGUUGAGGCAUCAAGAAAAAAAAUCGGCCGGCAACACUCAUAGACAUUACCAUCAUCAUCAUCAACAAUCUCAACAUCAACAAAGCGUACAUCAAGGGCCGAGUCCGGCAGCCAGCCCUAGUCCUAGUCUCAGCCCGAGCCCUAAACACUCGGAUGGUCGUCGAGCUAACAAACCACUAAUGGAAAAGCGACGGCGAGCUAGAAUCAAUCAGUCGUUGGCGGCGCUGAAGGCGCUCAUCCUUGACAGCGCCCGGCUGGAGAACACAAAACACAGCAAACUCGAAAAAGCUGACAUUUUAGAGCUAACAGUCCGACAUUUACAAAGGCAGAGGUCUCUUGCCCAGCCUGGUUUAUCGAGAUACAAGGCUGGCUAUCAAGAUUGCUCCAGAGAGGUAAGUCGGUAUCUCGAUGCCCCGGACAUAAUUACGGGGAACACGACGCCGAUGGACCCUGCGGUGAAACAAAGGUUACUACGACAUUUGGAUAGUUGCGUGUCAGAAUUAGACUUGGAUCUGGGUUCGAGGCCGGAUAGCGGAUUAGGCAGCAGUCCCGGAAGCGUGACGGAUCGAGUGACAGGCUCGGGAAGUCCCGGUCCGCUGGAGCAUCAUGUGCCAUCGACUGCACACUGUAGUACAACUUUGAAUCCGGUCGGCUUGAUAAAAGCCGAAAUUCCGGAUAUCGAACCAGCCAGACCGGAUAGUAGUACUACUGCCGGCGAUGAAAACAACAAUAAUAGCAACAGCAGUAGCAACGGCAACAGCCGGCCAACUUCUGCCUUUGGUCAGGUUAAUACCAGCACCCUUGAUUCUCAUCAUCAUCCACCUCCACCCCCUCCUCCUGGUAUAUCGGUUAUCGAUCAGGCUUCCAGUUCGCAGCAAAAUCCAAACAUGUUGUCAGUCGUGCAGGUGAUACCUUCCAGACUACCCGAUGGUCAAGUAGUUUUCCUACUUCCUAGUCAUUACGUUCAGCUCGCAGCUGCGGCCGCAGCGAACGGUAUCAGUAUUGGGCCAAAUCCACCGACGGCCAUAUGGGCUGCCACUAAUAUGUCUCUUCUCAAGGCGACGGAUAAACUCGCCACGAAACGACCGCACGAAGAUAUACAAGAAUGGCAGGAUGCGGCUACCGUUGCCGUUAAUGCUGCUGCUGCUGCUGUUGCCGCUACCGUUGCCGCUGCCGCUACGUCCGGCAACGCUUCUGUUUCCGCUUCCAUUUCCGCUUCCGCCCCCGUUUCUACCUUCGCUACCAAUGCGAUAUCAGCCAUUGGUUCAAAGCCAAGUAAGAGUCCAAGGCUCGAGCAACCAGAACAGCCGCUUGAUUUCACAACUACCUCGAAGAAACCAAAACCCAGUACCAGAACUUCAAUCACAGCUGUGAGUAACGUAGAACACCAUCUCCAACAGCAACAGUCACAGCAACAGACGCAGCAACAGCCGCAACAACAGCAUCAGCAGCAGUUCAUAGGUCGUUUACCCGCCGAAGGAUCAGUCCCUCACUCGGAAGACAGGCCGUCCAGUCAUACGAGUGGCGAAUUCGUCACAGGGAUUCGUUCACCAUCUCCUCUUCCACAGCAACCAGCAAAGGACGAAGAAGGAAUGUGGAGGCCUUGGUAGAACGUGAUUCAGCCCUCCGCCGGUUAUGGAUCUACGGAAAUCUGCACACACGUGUAUUGUAUGAUAUAGUUGUUGGACGACGGAACGAUGGGACACAUGCGAACGGAAUAAUCGUGGUAGGACUACUAUACAACGCAUGUACUGUAAAGCACCAUGUGCGUACAGUGAUAAUCGACUGGCUAUUCGUAUCGUAUUUUGUGAAUCGUUAAAGUGACACGUGCAUUCGGAACCAAGUCUGUUCUUAGCCUCGUGAAACGAAUGGCUGACUCGAUUGUAGUGCAUACGCUGCACAGACGUGAAUCGUCGAUGCGAACGAUUGAGAAAUUAAUUUGUGACGUAAUUACUUACAGUGUCUGUGUCCCAAAGUCAUGUACACUUGCUACUUGUACACUUGCUAGAUGUACGAAUUGUUACGUACAGGUUUGUUGCGAUACGACCGUUGUUCAUUCGUUUAGUGCGAGGAGUGCCUAAUGAAAAGCGCUAUCAGGGAAAAUGGAGAAGACACUGUGCUAAAUCUACUGACGUAUUAUGGAUUCAAGAAGCGUUACCUAUUCGAAACGUUCAAAAGUAACGAUAUAUAUAUAUACAUGUAUAUGAUAAAGAUCUAACACGUUGUAGGAUCCAAGUAACGAGAGGGUUUCGCGCAUAGUACUUUAUUCCGCCGUCGUGUACAUAACCCCGAUUGGAAUUAUAAUUAAUGCCGGAUAUAGAUUUAUUUUGAUGUUAACUAGGUGUAUAUGCGUACGAGAUAACGUAGAAAGAAUGAUGCGAAUGCGUACAAAUCUGUAUAGUGUGUGUGUCGAAGGGACGUCAGUUCACGUUCUAGAUGAAUCACAGUUUUCAACUAAUUUACUUCUGUAAU